UUCGCCAGUAUACCAACCACGACGGACAACUUACUCGCAUUGGAAUUUUCGGACACGAAUUCAUUCUCUUAUCAUCUUAUCAAUAAAUAUUAAAUAAUAAUAGUAUAAUACAAACAUAUUUUAAUAAUAUUAUAUUGUAACUUAGAAUUUUAAAUGUUUUAAGGAUAUAAUAAUAUUCAGACAACAAAAAUAACAUAACCACUGUAUUACCAUAAUACCUAUCUUUAUCUACCUACUAUUAUAUAUUAAUUAACUUAACUAAUCUUCACGUCAUGAAUCAGAAAUGUCUCGGUGGUUCUCAAAAAUAAAAUAAAUAUGUUUCUCCACAAGUAUGGAAAAUUUACCAUUAACAAGCAAUAUUCGAAAAAAUGAUCUCCCUAAUAAGCCUUCUACUUCCUAUCAGGCUGUUAAACAGGUGUUGGUUUGUAGAGUGUAGUUAAUUGAUGUCUAUUCAAUAUCGUGUUUUCAAAAUUGUUUAAUAUGAGAGUAAAAAAAUUAACUGAAAGAAAUGUGGGAAUAAGUUCAGAUGAUGAUAUGAUUGACAUUACAACUUCAGGAACAAUGACUGAACGUACUUUAAAUCAGAGAUCUCCAAUAAAUUUACCAGGUAUUGACAUCAUUUUUGCGGGAACAAUAAAUUUUGGAUCUGGUGAAACUGAGGAUAUUCCUGGAAUUGGUCAAUAUGAAGAUUUUCAUACUAUUGAUUGGCAGCGAGACAUUGCAAGGGAUCGGAUGCGACAUAGAUAUAUACUAAAACGCAAACAAAAUUCAUUCAUUGAUCUAAUAAAAUCAGCUCAUGAUGCAUGGUCAGGCUGGCUUUGUGUACUAUUGGUGGGACUUGUGACUGGAACUGUUGCAGCAAUAAUUGACAUUGGAACAUCAUGGAUGUCAGAUCUAAAAUUUGGUAUUUGUCCACAAGCAUUUUGGUUAAACAUGGAACAAUGUUGUUGGUCAUCAAACGAAACUUCAUUUGAACUAGAUAAAGGAAACUGUUCACAAUGGUUUUAUUGGUCUGAAUUAAUGACUUCUUCAAACUACGGACCUUUUGCCUAUAUAGUAUCAUAUUUAUUUUACAUUGUAUGGGCAUUAUUAUUUGCAGCUCUUGCUGCUGGUUUAGUCAGAAUGUUUGCUCCCUAUGCAUGUGGAUCUGGUGUCCCAGAGAUAAAAACAAUUUUAAGUGGUUUUAUAAUUAGAGGUUACUUAGGAAAGUGGACUCUACUAAUAAAAUCUGUUGGAAUCAUGAUGUGUGUUUCGGCUGGACUCAGCUUAGGAAAAGAAGGGCCUAUGGUACAUAUAGCCUCAUGUAUUGGCAAUAUUUUAUCAUAUUUGUUUCCUAAGUAUGGCCGUAAUGAAGCCAAAAAAAGAGAAAUAUUGUCAGCAGCAGCAGCUGCGGGGGUUUCUGUUGCUUUUGGAGCUCCAAUUGGUGGAGUCCUUUUUAGUUUAGAAGAGGUUAGCUAUUAUUUUCCUUUGAAAACUUUAUGGCGUUCAUUCUUUUGUGCUCUUGUUGCUGCAUUUGUACUUAGUUCAAUCAAUCCAUUUGGUAACGAACAUUCUGUUAUGUUCUAUGUAGAAUAUCACAGGCCAUGGAUGUUUUUUGAACUUAUACCAUUUAUUGGAUUGGGAAUUAUUGGAGGUGUAAUUGCAACAGUUUUUAUCAAAUGCAAUAUUAAAUGGUGUCGUUUUCGUAAAACAUCAAUUCUUGGACAAUAUCCAGUCAUGGAAGUAUUAUUACUCACAGCUGUAACAGCAAUACUGUCAUAUCCUAACCCAUAUACACGCAUGGGAACUAGUCAAUUAAUUUAUCUUCUUUUCAGCCAAUGUGAUGUAUCUAGUAAUGAUGGUUUGUGCGAUUAUACUAAUGACAAAGCAAACGUAGCUGGACCUGGUGUAUACACAGCUAUGUUACUUCUAUCAAUGGCUUUUGUUUUGAAAUUGGUCACUACAAUUUUUACAUUUGGCAUCAAAGUACCUUGUGGUCUGUUUAUUCCGAGUUUGGCCAUGGGCGGUAUAACUGGUCGUAUUGUUGGUAUUUUGAUGCAACAGUUAGCUGCUAAACAUCCACAUUUAUGGUUUUUUGACAAUAGUUGUGGAUUACCAGGACAAGAAGGCUGUAUUACUCCUGGCUUAUAUGCCAUGGUAGGUGCUGCUGCUGUUCUAGGAGGAGUAACCCGAAUGACUGUUUCAUUAGUGGUCAUUAUGUUUGAAUUGACUGGUGGUGUAAGAUACAUAGUUCCAUUGAUGGCAGCUGUCAUGGCUAGCAAAUGGGUUGGUGAUGCACUGGGCAAAGAAGGCAUGUAUGAUGCUCACAUUCAAUUAAAUGGUUAUCCGUUUUUGGACAGUAAAGAAGAUAUUGUUCAUACUGCUUUGGCAGCUGAUGUUAUGCAGCCUCGUCGAGCUGAGAAUUUGAAUGUUCUUACUCAGUCUUCAAUGUCACUAGAAGAUACUGAAAUACUAUUAAAAGAAACUGAACAUAAUGGAUUUCCAGUUGUGGUGUCACGAGAAUCUCAAUAUCUUGUUGGAUAUGUAUUACGUAGGGAUUUACAAUUGGCAAUAGAAAAUGCAAAACGAACUAUAGAUGGACUUUUACCAGAAUCUUUAGUUCUGUUUACCGACAUAACUCAACAAGUAAUGCCUCCACCACUAAAAUUAAAAAAAAUUUUAGAUAUGGCCCCAAUUACAAUUACUGAUCAAACACCUAUGGAGACUGUUGUUGAUAUGUUCAGAAAAUUAGGACUUAGGCAGACAUUGGUUACACAUAAUGGGAGGCUUUUGGGAGUAAUAACAAAGAAAGAUAUUUUACGUUAUAUUAAACAGGUUGACAAUGAAGAUCCCAGUUCUGUACUCUUCCAUUGAUGGUUCUUAAUUAACCAUAUGGAUUUUAUAUCCAUUAUUUAGCUCAAUUUUCAUAUUUCUGUUAAUAUAUUUUAAUAAUAUUUUUUCAAAGUUUUGUUUUAGAAACUUAAUUUUAAAAAUAUUAUAUUAGUAGCUCCCUAGAUAUUUAAAUUAAGUAAAUAUUUUAGAAAAAGUUAAUUGUGAAUAAUAGUCUACUCUACUAAAUAACUAAUAACUAAAUAAAAAUAACCAUGUAAUCGACUAUGAAUAUUGUAAAAUGCAUUUUGAAUUUAUGGGUUUGCUUGUAGAUACUAGAUAGUAACAGAAACAACCAAAAUAUAUUGUUAAACAUAAAAAUAUUA